AUGGAUAUACAUGUGUUCUGUGCGAGAAAAAAUGCAGAACUAGUGGAUGAGGCCAGUUCUGGAAAUAGUGGGAUGGCGCAUACUGGCUUUGAUGCUCACCAGUUCAGGGAGUUACAAUUACUGAAAGCUGCAAGGAAACUCAAUACAAAUGUAUACAGGAAAUAUGAGGUGCCUCAUAAAAUGACAGGUGCUGUAUUAGUCGCUUGGAAUCAAGACGAGUUGGCAAAGUUACCAGGCAUCGUCCGUCAGUCCCAUCUUGUGGGAGUGACAGAUGUACGACAGAUAUCACAGAAAGCACUACGAGAAAUGGAACCUCACUUAUCGCAUGAUGCACUUGGUGCUGUGAUUAUACCUGGUGAAACUGUUGUGGAUCCGUGGCUUUUGCCGAUACGAUUGGCCCAUGAUGCACUUCAACACGGUGCUCAGAUUUUCAGAAACUGCAAAGUUACAGAUGGAUACCAAACAACUACUAAUGAUUGGUUGCUAACAACAACAAGAGGUCAGCUGUUAGGUAAAGCUGUGAUUAACUGUGCUGGUCUUUAUGGAGAUGAAGUAGAGAAGAUAAAUAAAGAAAGUUCUUUCCAAAUAAUGCCAAGAAAAGGACAGUUUGCUAUUUUUGAAAGAUCCCCCAAGGAGUUGUUGAAUGGUAUGAUAUUACCAGUACCAUUCAAUCAGAGUUAUAAAGGAAUCAUUGUAUUUCCGACUGUGUAUGGUAAUAUUGUUGUUGGUCCAACAGCUGAAGAUCAAGAGAGUAGAAUCGAUCGUAGUACGGACAAAGAGACCAUAGACCAACUAGUCAACUAUGCACGCAAGACUGUGCCUGCAUUGAGAAAUAAAAAUGUGAUUGGAACAUAUGCUGGAAUACGACCAGCGACGCAAGCAAAAGAUUACCAUCUAAUUACUCACAAAAAUAGAUCGUGGAUAACAGUCGGCGGUAUUCGAUCAACUGGUGUUUCAGCUUGUUUGGCCAUUGCCGUACAUGUCAAAGAUGAAGUAAUCGACAAGUUAAAAAUACAACCGUCAAACAAUAGUCCUCAUAGCAGGUCAAAGGUUGCAGGUCAACAGAGGUCAUCAAUCAGAGUGGAUCCAAAGGGCCAUCUACUUAUGGAUGGCUAUUCUUACAAGAUCACUCACCCGUUGAGUAGAGCGGGCUUGCUUGCAAAACCUAAAUUGUAA